AUGUUCUCCCCAAAUACUCAAAAACAAAACUCUCAACCCCUCACCCAGACCCGCCGCCACCCUAAUCUGCCGCCAUCCAGACCCGUCGCCGCCAGCAUCACCCUCACCCAGAGCUCUGGCGUCAGCCAGACCCGCCGCCAUCCAGAAGGAGAGGAAUUCGCCGCCAGACCCGGCGCCACCCUAAUCUGCCGCCGUCAACCAGACCCUCGCCCAGACUCGCCUCCACCACCAAGACCUGUCGCCGCCACCCAGACCCGUCGCCGCCAGCAUCUUCGCCCAAGCCCAGAUCCGCCGCACUGUCGCCGAGGAUGA